AUGACUGUACCUGAUUUGAUAAUCGACUUGGGAUUGCCACUUCCUAUUGUCGAUCAUCCAACAUUCUUACGCGCGAUGAACACCAUUUAUCCAAGAUUUACUGUUUUGUCUCGACGUACACUUUGUCGUGAAAUACUACCAUCUGUUCUUGAACAAGUCAUGAUCAAACCUCAGGAUGACGAAGACGAACAUUAUGAUGAAUCAGAGGCACUCGAGUAUAAAAAAAACAACAUGAAUGAUCAAGAAGAACGUCUUCGUAUACCAUGCUUCUCCCAUACUCUACAACUUACGGUUGGUGAUGGUUUGAAAGAGUGUGAAAAUGCAAAACCAGCUCUUGCUAAAGUUGCAGCAAUUGCGAAACUUAGGUAA